AUAUAUGUUGCCACGAGUUAGCGGCGAAUUUGGAGAGUGUCCAUUUUGAGCACCCAGUCGGCGUCUCCGGUAUCUUCCUCUUAAUCUCUAACAGCCCACCGUCAGAAUGGCAGACGCUGAGAAUCUGCUCAUGGAAACGUCGGAGCAGAACGGUAAUGAGGGAGAGGAGGACCUGAACGGAGCCGAGCAGGAGCUGAUGGCCGGUGACGAGGAGCACGACAACGGCACAGACGGAGGAAAGAUCGAUGCCAGCAAAGGAGAGGAGGAUGCAGGCAAAAUGUUUGUUGGUGGCCUCAGCUGGGACACGAGUAAAAAGGAUCUGAAGGACUACUUCACCAAAUUCGGCGAGGUGUCAGACUGCACCAUCAAGAUGGACUCCAACACCGGCCGGUCCAGAGGCUUCGGCUUCGUUCUGUUCAAAGACUCCUCCAGUGUGGAUAAGGUGCUGGAGCAGAAGGAACACAAACUGGAUGGGCGUCAGAUCGACCCCAAGAGGGCAAUGGCCAUGAAGAAGGAGCCGGUUAAGAAAAUUUUUGUCGGUGGUUUGAACCCAGAGGCCACUGAAGACACCAUCAGGGAAUAUUUCGGGGCCUUUGGAGAGAUUGAAACCAUUGAACUUCCUAUGGAUCCCAAAACGAAGAAAAGGCGGGGUUUCAUCUUCAUCACAUACAAAGAAGAGGCCAGUGUUAAGAAGUGCCUGGAAAAGAAAUACCACACCAUCCAGGGCAGCAGGUGUGAGCUGAAGAUCGCCCAGCCAAAGGAGGUUUACCAGCAGCAACAGUUUGGAGGAGGACGUGGCGGAGGAUACGGAGGAGGCCGAGGUGGAAGGGGCCGUGGGGGUCAGAGCCAGGGCUGGAACCAGGGCUAUGGAAACUACUGGAACCAGGGAUAUGGUAACCAAGGCUACGGAUACGGCGGGUACAGCGGCUAUGGCAACUAUGACUAUUCUUCUGGUUACUAUGGAUACGGUCCCGGAUAUGACUAUGACCAGGGCAACGCCAGCUACGGGAAAACCCCGAGACGAGGGGCACACCAGACCAGUUACAAGCCAUACUGAGGAUCACACGGUGGUGCAAGGACUCCAGUGAGAGCGACGGCUGACGACGCUGGGCCUGACUCGACCUUUUAUGACAGAAGACCAUUUGUACAGAAAACAACUCAAAUGUAACUUUUCCAUGUUUGUUUUUUCUUUUUUUUAAAAAAAAAUCCUAUCAGUUUUAGGUUUUACUUUCCCUUUGGUGUUGUUUUUUUUUUUUCUUCCCCUCCACAUUUCCAUCAGGAAGUGUAAUUUUUACUGUACUUUUUGGUACCUGUUUUGAUUCUAAUGUAUUGUAAGGGUUGUAUUUUACAUGUUUGCUGGCUUUACAGGUUGAAAAUCUUGGCGCUGUAAAGGAGCUUUUUUGAAAAAUAAAACAGUUUUCAGUAAUGUUUUUUUGUUCUGAUGCUUCCAAGCUCUUUGUAGAGAUGGGUUUAGGAUUAAAUUUGGUUGUGGAAUUUAA